AAUCGUCCAUCCUCGUAUCUGUUGAGGGCACUUCCCUUAGUGGAAUAUACAUUUACAAGGGCGAUAGUACCAGCGUCACGAAGACAUCUCCAUAUAAUUUCACCAGCUUGGGAUCAAGUAAUGUUCAGAUCAGGAGCAUGGAUGUUAAUGUAGCCAAUGGAUCCAUCUACUUCUUUGACAGAAUUUCUCGAUGCAUAUAUCGUUUGCAUUCAGUCAAUGUCGAAAAUGUCCACUGCGGAAUUUCAAGCUCAGUAUUCACCUCGAUAGCGUAUGAUUGGGUAAGUGGAAACAUGUACUGGACAGACGGCUUGUUUAACUGGAUAGCGGUCCAGCCUGUUGAUGCAACUGACAAGAGCAUGUUCAGAGUCAUAAUCCAGGAUGAUAUAGAAAAUCCAAGAGCCAUUGCUGUGGAUGGUGUAGCAGGAUAUGUUUUUUGGUUUGAUAUAUCACCAUCUGGCUACCGGAUAGAACGAUCAUUGCUUGAUGGAACCUCCCGAACCCCAAUCAUCACUACUAGCUUGUUGAACGUACAAGAUAUUGAAAUAGACCCGAUCGCCAGGAGGCUUUACUGGACAGACGACUGGAGAUAUGCCAUUGAAUUUUCACUGUAUGACGGAACGGACCGUAAAGUUUUGUACAAACAGUUGAAUAUCAACUUUCGAUCCAUUACAGUAGAUACGAAUCAUGUGUGUACGACUCUCUAUAGCAUUGAUGGGUGGUAUUGUUUUUCCAAAUCAACCGGAAGCAUUACUUUUUCUCGCUCCAGCGAGUUUUCUUUAACGGACCCAGUCAUAAUUACCAUUUCUAAGGAAGAUAUGAGGCCUCGUGUGACUGGUAGUUGCUCGACAUUGGGAUGUGAACACUUUUGUGUAAAUCUCCAACCAAGUGGUAAAUGUAUGUGUAAGGAGGGAUACACGCUGGAUACAGACGGAUUACACUGUACAGAAAACCAUCCGCUUUAUAGUAAAGCAUUUGUGGUUUCCAACGACACCCACAUAUGUAUGAUGAGUUUCCGUGCAGUAUCAGGCUACAAUGAUCCUCUUCGAUGCGUUGGUAACGUUGUACAAGGUUGUCAGCUUCUGACUGUCGACACCAGUAACAAACUUAUCUACUACGUGGACACGACAUCAAACUUCAUCAGAGAGUACAAUAUGGCUACAGACACAAGCCGCCAGAUCACAACAGCCAAUACUGUGUCCG